AGGGUUCUUUUUGUGCGUGAAAGAUGUUCAAAGUAGCAUUAUUGUUGGCUGUUGUAGUUGCAGGAGUGUCGGCUCGAAACCUACAGAGAAUUGUUGGUGGUCAGGAUGCUAAAGCUGAUGAGGGAAGAUAUCAGGUAUCCCUGAGAACUCUAAUGAAUCAGCAUUUCUGCGGAGGAGCAAUUCUCACGGGAACUUGGAUUGUCACUGCUGGACAUUGCACACUUGGCAAGAAGCCCAAAGAAUUUCAAGCCGCGGUGGGAUCUCUCUCAGUCAAUGGAGGACUUAGUCAUCGGGUGGGCUAUGUCUUUAGACAUCCCAAUUUUGAUGCUCAUACCUUGACAGAUGACAUAGCAUUGCUGAAGACUGAUACAUCCAUCAUCUUCAAUGACUUUGUCCAGCCAGCUCUACUCAGUGAGAGAUUUAUUCCAGAAGGUGUUGAGGCAUUGCUGACUGGUUGGGGUCAGCAGGUGUACCCAGGCAGCGUGUCUCGUACACUCCAGGCACUCCCAAUGGUCACAAUGUCUAAUGAGGAAUGCAUCGAGAGGCACAGCGAGGAUAUCUAUUCUCCUCCCAUCCGACAGGGCAAUAUCUGCGCUAUCCGGGAGAAUGCUGGAGCCUGCAUGGGUGAUUCUGGAUCUCCGUUGAUUCUGGGCAAUGAACUCGUGGGCAUUGUUAGCUGGGGAGUUCCAUGUGCCAAAAACUUCGGAGAUGUCUUCACAAGGAUAUCAUCCUAUCGAAGUUGGAUAAUUGAAUCAAUUAAUGGAAGAGACGAAUGAACAGUGAAAAUAUUAAAUUUGAGUUUUCCAUCGAUAUAUACAAUUAAAUUUGUAUCUCAAUGAUUCUAUCGCCGACUUCCUUCCUGGCGGAAUUCUUUGAAGUAAAGUGCGUCGUUCACUCAAUAUAAAACUAAGAUUUUUAUCACUAUCCGCUGUAUUACAGUAGAUUUAAUUAAAAUGCAAGCAACUUAAAAGGGACAAUAUAAAAAAUUCUCAAGAAGUUUUAUCAACUUGAAGGUUUAAACAUUUAUUUUACUUUAUAAAAGUGGUGUGAAGAGUGAAAGUGAAAAUGAUUAAGUGUUAGAAUUUGUGUCAAAUUACAUAGUAAAAAUUAAAUUGAAUUAUUGCACAAA